ACGAGGUUCAUAGUCUGUGAACGCGACACGUCAAGCAAGCAGGGUGAAUAUUCUGAGCGCUAGGGACAGCAAGUUCGACAACUAGCGCCAGCGGCGAGCCUUGGAACUACGCGUGGCGGCCAAGCGGCGAACAUCGGCGGCCAUUCUGACGGUUUACUUUUUUUCACUUGUCAAAAAUUUUCUCGUUGGAUUCAACAACUUUGCGUCGAAGUUAAUUUAUUAGUUUUUGCGAUUUAAAUCAUUGAAAAAGUAACUUAUAUUGUGUAAAUUUGUUCAGAACUUAAGUAUUUGUGUUAUAACCAAAGAUUUAACUGUGUUCUGUUGUUUGUAAAUAAGUAAAAAUGGAGAAGUUACAAGAGCUUGUGUCAAGAAGGCGUUACACAAAAGAUCUCCUAACAUCGAGAGCCUACCAAAUGGAGAGAGACACAACCAUGGACCCUACCGUGGAGGACCUGCUCAAGUUUAUUGACAAGCAAGCACUGGCAUUGGAGAAUGUGGGGCCGGCCUGUGGCCAGUCGCAACCGCCACAGUACACCAGUCAUCAGCAGCACAAGGAGCAGCGUCCAGCAUCCACAGGCAAACCGGUAGCGUACACUGCAGCGCAGGAGGCAUCAUGCUUAUUAUGCUAUGCUGCCACCGGAGUCGACGAUCUACGAGUCUGCAGCGCCGCCUAGCGGAGCGCAGCCCUCGGCGCCAGGUGCCCGGCAUCCACAGCUCAUCAACACGCAGUUCGGCUAUGUAAUCGGGGGAAGCCUGCC